AUGUCCGCACCGCUCUCCAGAACCAGUGCUACACUGAACUCCGACCUGGGAUCCGUGCCUUGCGUAACAGCCAACAAAGCUCUGUGGAGGAACAAGGGGAAAGCGGGCGCAACGGAUGAGGUCAGUGCCACUGCCCACUCCUCACGACCCAGUGCUCCGUUACGACCUGGCCACCGCUGACCGUUUGUGGACCACCUCGCUCCUUAGGACGCAUCAUCUUCCUCAGGAGGCUCCCGAGGGCUGGGCAACGUGCUCGAAUCAGUGACCCUGAAACCCAAGAACCUGUCCUCGCUCGCCGAACUACAACCCGUCAGUGGCCAGUACGACAGACCAGCAGAGGGACAUGAGCAAUCCUGACCUUCGUCGAGUCUUCUCAAUCGACAGCAAACCCUGACGCAACAGUCGGUCGGACAAGUCAAGGCCUUCUCGUCCCAGGCGCUGCAGGCGUUCAAGAAUUGGACGAUCCCCGGUCUGAUUCAGAAAGAGGUUAGCCCUUCGAGCAUGCUCUGGUUGAGGUUACGUCUGGACUGACUCGCCUUUCGUGGCGACAGUUCUCGGCGACGACAAGACCAGCUACGGUCGUACGAUCGGUUACGUUGAAGGUCAAGAACUUGAUUGAUCAGAGCAAGGGCAACAGUUCGGAAGCGAGUAGGACCGUCCUCAGUCAGUCCUCGGUCUUUGGGCAAGUCAGACGGCAGAGGAGUGCCGACCGCUCAGUUCCAGCACUCUUCCACUCGUAGAUGGUCCAUCAGGCAGCGGCAAGUCGGUCGUCAUGUUGCAGGGUCUGGCCUACGCUCAAGCGACAGGCUGGAUCGUACUUUACCUCCCAUCUGGUACGUCCAUUCCCGGUCCAUUCUGCUCACGUGCCUUCUUUGGCUGAUCGAUUCCCCUACUUUACAGCCACCCCCCUGGUCAACUCCUCCACACCUCACGUCUACUCCCCCCAACGAGCCUUGUUCGACCAACCCCAAUUCGCCGCCCAAUUCCUCCAACGCAUCGCGCAAACCAACAAAACCCUCUUGACCUCCCUCAAAACGACCCAGCCCUACGAACUCACCGCCGAUCUCCCCAUCGGCACCUCCUUGUAUUCCCUCAUCACCCAAUCCUCUCCCCAAGAUCGAAUCGCACCCCUUCUUCUCGAAGCGUUGUUCUUUGAAUUGAGUCGACAGACCUCCCACCCCGUUUUGUUGGCGAUCGAUCAGGCGCAGGGUUUGUUCAAUACGACACAAUGCGUCGAUCCAACGUAUCGAAAGUUGGAGGCGCAUGAUUUGAGUUUGCCGAGGUUGUUGUUGGAUUAUGUUGGGGGGGUCAAGAACUUUGUACGUUCGGGCCAUCUCUACCGGUUCCUCCUCAGGAUCCUGACCUCUGCCUUGCGGCUCUCACAGUCCAACGGCCUCGUUCUCAUAUCCCCCUCCCACCAAUCCACCACCACUUCCCCAGCUUUGGAAGAACACCUUUCCUCGUCCCCCUACCCAUCCUACACCCCUCUAGGACCCUCGCACCAAAUCUACUCCUCCCUCCUCUCUUCGGUCCGUCAACUUCCCGUCCCCGCCCGUCUCGAAAAACAGGAAGCUUUGGGGAUCGUCGAUUUGUUGAUGGGUUUCAGAGCGGUCAGGGAAGUCGGUCAGGAGGGUGUGGAUGAUGGGAGCUUCAUGAAGGCUUUGAUGGAGAGUGAUGCGAGGGUUAGGGAAUUUAGGAAAGGGUGGGAGAGGAACCAGGCGAUUUGA